UGCUGGCCUCAUAGAAUAAGUUAAGGUGGAGUCCUGCCUUCUCAAUUUUGGGAGAAUAGUUUCAGUAGGAAUGAUACCAGCUCUUCUUUGUAUAUCUGGUAGAAUUCAGCUGUGAAUCCGUCUGGUCCUGGGCUUUCAUUUUCAUCCUUUCUAUCCAGGUUUCGUAUCAGUCUAAAUAUGCUCUCUCUCUCUCUCUGUCCCUGUCUCUCUUUUUCUACCUUCCUCCUUUUCUCCACAUAACUUCUUUAAUGGCACAUGGCACAAUUUUAAUAUACACUUUUUGUUGUCCUGUUUGUCUCCUUCAAUGGCUUUUUGUAUUUGACAUAAUAUUAGUCUAGAUGUCAGUCAGUAUAAACUUUUGAAUGAAUGAAAAGUUGUUAUGUUGAUGCCAGAGUUAAAAAUUUGACCUAUAUUUUAUUCUCUACAGGUAGCUUUGAACCCCAAAAAUGUUGGAAGAAUAAUAUAGGAUAUUGCAGAAGACGAUGUUUAGAUACUGAAAGGUACAUACUUCUUUGUAGGAACAAGCUAUCAUGCUGCAUUUCUAUAAUAAUAUCAUAUGAAUACACUCGACGACCACCAUUUCGUGUGAUUCACCUAGAGGAUAUAACAUUUGAUUAUAGUGAUAUGGGCUCUUUUACUGGUUCCCCAGUAUCUAAGUUGAGUGAUCUGGUAACAUUUGACACACGUGGAGAAACCAUGACCCCCAAGACCAAUACUCCCGAGACUUCUAUGCCACCAUCCGAGACCAUUACUUCCAAGACUACUAUGCCAUCAUCCGAGACCACUACUUCCAAGACUACUAUGCCACCACCUUCUCAGAUGGCUCUUACUCAUAAUUAAUUAACAUUUACUUCUGGUAUGGAACAACUAGAAAUACUGCUGGAAAUAAUAGCCAAAGAGCUGAUUCUACCAAUCCAAUUUCACCCGGAAAAUUCCAUCAGGGAUUGGAUGAGCAUGGGGAUGGACAUAAUUGCUACUACUAAGACAACAGCCGAGAUAGUUGCCUUGCAAUUAGAAACAUGUAGACAGAAACGUAUAGAAGAUACAAGGAUUCUCUUAAUUGGACUUUAAGUCUUUAUCUGUCUUCCUCUGAUGUACUAAAAUAUGUGAGCUAAUUUUUGUCUUAAGUGAACAUUUGUAUGUCUAUGUAUUUUUCCAUGCCAAAAACAAAAACGAAGACCAUUGUUUGGAGCUGCCUAUUAUGUCUAAGACAAGAAUUUUUACUUUAACAGUGCCUGGCCCACUGCUAUCAUAUAUAGGAGAACAUAUGAAAGCAUAUAGAAAGACGGUUCCAGACAAAUGUUCCCUUCUCUACCCUCCACCUUUUAUUGUAAGAACUUACAAUACUUCUGUGUGUCAUGACGUCAAAUUUUGUUUAAGGUUCUAGCUGGUAACUAACAGUUAGUUAGAAGCUAAUUCUUUCAUUCAGCACAAGCACUGAUCUCACUGGAUAAAGAUAAAAGUGGGACUUGCCUUGAGAGUACAUCAUAUUAAAUUAAAAGCUGCAUCUCAAAUUCUACUUAUCUUUCCAAUCUUCUUUCCACUUAGAAGUCCAACUUCCAUCUAUGGCAGCCUCAUAACAUGCCUCCUCAGGUCUCUGUUUUGUCCAUGAAUGUUAGUUGUGUGCAGUGUUUCUAUGCUUUGUAUGGCUGUACGCAUGUGACUGCUGUUUGUAUGGCAACAGAUGGGUCAGUGAGUGUUUUCUGAUACUACAGAGAAGCGGUUAUAACUAUAAAGUUGAUUAGGUUUUUUUUUUUUUUUUUUUUUUUUUUUGAG